AUGUCUAUGAACAAAGUUCUUUGUAAUAAUGGAAGACUUACCCUCCAUGGUGACUAGUAAGUAAACUAGUUAUGAUCCUGGCUACAUAUUUGUUCUUUUUGUGGCGUAAAACACUCAACAUCACGCUUACGCUUGUGUUUUAGUGUUGUGUAUCAUCAAGAUGGCGUCGAGUUCUCACUUGAAGGCGACCAGAUUCCAGGCUUCUUUAAAGGUUCAAGGAAAGGCAAUGUUUUCAUAACUACUCAAAAGGUAUCCAUUUUUAGAAUUUUAGUUUCAAGCCCAUCGAAGAUUUUGUACACGUUUUAAAGUUGUGUAUGGCAUGACACAUAAUAAUCAUAAUCGAUGAGGCCGAGUGUAAUGAAAAACGGUAUGAAAAAAAAAGGACUUUAUUUAGGUGCCAAUGUAUUUAGCACGAAAGUACUAAUUGGGGACGCUAUUUUUACGUCUCCUACUGGAGACGGGACCGCCAGUUUCCGUGUUCAUCCGAGCCACGCGAAGGUCCAAUCAUUUGCAGGGCAAAGAAGUACCUUCAUUACUCAGUCAUUUUUAAGACGCUGAGUGUUCGGCUCCCGCGACCUCCCGCUCUGCAGUCAAGCGCUGUACUGACUGAUCUGAGCUAAUCCUGCUGUGGUAUGAUACGAAGAAUUACAUUGUCCUCGUCCUCAGCAAUGUAUGAAGUGGUGUCUGUAUAUUCUAGCAUAUAUACCUCAUAAUGCAGUUGUCACCCCUUGUGUUUGUUUGUUUGUCUGCUUUUGUCUAUUCUUACUUUGUUUCUGAGGCACUACUUCAGCUAUUUUGUCAUCACAUAAUGUGUGUAAUUUGCGCUCUCAUUUGCUAGCCUGUCAGCAAGCUCUCAAUUUGGAGUGUGCAAGCAAAGCGAGCCAUCCAGUUUUGCACUGCAUAAACAGCUGAGCAGCAGUACAAUGCAUCCCUUUUACCAUCAAUUUCUCUGUGAUUGACAUUAAUCAUAUUGAUAUCAGCAAACAUCUUACAAACUUUAUGAACUCAAGCCAUUUAUGGGUGAAUGAUAAUUAAUUUUUUUAUUAUAUCCAUUUUGAAAUCACUGGUGAUCCUAGCCUGCAGUGCAGGCGUAUUUUGGGUGGGCGAAACCUUGUUCGUGUUCGUGAUAUUGUUGUAGCCGCCAUCUUUGAUUUUAUGACAGUGGAAGAUUGGGGAGAGUAGAAAUAGUAACCCUUACGGUAGGUGCGAGGGCGAAAGAAGGAAAGGGGGGAGAGGGAGGGGAGAAAAAACUACGCCUGCCGGGUAUCAUUGUUCUUUUGGGAAAUUCCGUAUGCUGGCAAACGGAGCUCCUGAUUGGUGCGGCAUAGGGAAGUGGAUUGAUGCCUGUCAAUUAACUGUAAGUCUAUAUUGUUUAUUCCGUUUCCGUCAGUCAUUUGGAAUUGGAGCGGCUGGGAAUGUCGCAUGUAUUACGCAAUGAGAAAGUCAAAGUGAUUUCUACACUGGUCAUCAGAACAAGAUUUGCUCGCAGUACUAAAACCUACACCACUUUUACCUCAUGCCAACAUGCUGCUUGUUCCAAUACGUUUUUUUUCUGGCGAGUAGAUUAUGCUCUAGAGGGUUCUAUGUUUUGACUAAGCAAAUGUGAUUUUAGACGCUUGUUUCGCUCUGAGAGGUCAUGACACGCUUAUUGAUUGUCUGGUUUUUGAAUUUCUGGUCUUCAUGAUUUGCCCUCUGAUGCAAGAGUGUUUUCUUUGAUCUCUUUUGAAGCGUAAAGCUCUUUUUGUCACUAAAUAAGGCUGUUGGGUUCUUUAUUUUUGUCCAAAGUGCCUCAGGAUCUGAAUAACUAAGCGAUUUUCUUUCUAGUCCGAGAAUGUGAUGUUUUCCUGCAAUGUUGUAUCACGCUGGGCCCAGCUCGUUAGUUUUUAAAAUUGUUUGCAGGAUGUUAAACUCUCACGGAUAGCGAUUUACAGAGAUGAAUUUAGAAGAAUGAAUUGCAGCUUAAACUGAAGCUUCAUCAGCUGUGGAGAAUUGCAUUGUGACUCAGUCAAGAUAAAAACAAUGAUAAACUCCAGCUUGUUUUUCUAAGACAAUGCGGUCACGUGCGUCUAAUUAGGGGGUGUUUCUCAUUUUCACAGUGUUUUCGGGCAGGCGUUUUCUCUUCUCCCUCCCUGCUCCCUUUGACUCGCCCCAUCUCCUCCUCUCAUCGGGAAGUUUCAACAUGGCGCUUUCACGAGCAAAUUGGGCGCUAAAAGAAAACGCCUGCACUGCAGGCUAUGGUGAUCCCUGCAAUCUGAUUGGCUCUCAGCAGUGUGAUUUAUUCACGAAUCACACUAUUUUUUGCUCUAAAUCAUGUCUGUUCUACAUGUGAAUCGCAUCAUUCAUGUUCUAAAUCACAUCAUUUUUGUUUUGAAUACCACCAUUUUUGCUAUAUGUUGCAUUAUUUCUGUUUCAGGUACAAAAUGAGAUGUAAAAACCUUUUUGUUUUCACUAAUCUCUUUUUUCAAUGAACCGGAUACUUGGUCAAAUAAAUUUUGGUACUGACUGAAUUCUGUGAUUUCAAAAUGGCUGUAAUAAAGUGGUAACUGAACUUCGUGUCAUGCAAUUUUGGUCUGAAAUCAUAUUUGUGAUUUCAAGUUGAACCUCGAGCUGGUGUUCGUCUGAUUUUAAAAUCACUCAUAUGAUUUUAUUGCCUGUAUUUCAUCCGAUUACUUCAGGUCAUUAUGUCUCCCUUGGUAACGUCUGAAUCAACCAGCCGUUAAUGCUGUCCAGUGACAUCACUACUCCUUUGCUUUAAUUCAUGCAAAAAAUACAACACGAUUUUCAAGUGGCAAACCAUGAAAUAUCGUUUGGAAAUGUCUGCAUGAUACAGAACAGCUGACAGAAUUGCUUUACUCUUUUCGAUCAUAAUUCAUGUUUAACGUUCAAACUAUUAACUGCAUGUAGUACUCUCAACCGGUUGUAAUUCAGACUCAGUCACAAACACCCCGGAAUGAAAUAAAUACACAAACAGAACAGUUAGUUCAAAAACACAACAAUUUCCUUUAAUUGAAAAGCUAUUUAAUCCUUAAUGAAGAAAAAAGAAAACAAGGAAACAAGAAAGAAAAGCUGACAGAAUCAUUACAAUUGACGGUGAAAAUAGCAAGAACAUUGAACAACAACAUAACAUUGGUCCCAGAAACUUCCCAUACUGAGUGUAAAGUAUUAAUGAGUCAAAUGAGUCAUGAGUCAAUGAGUCAGAUCUGAAAAAAUAACAGUUUCGGUAGAAACAAUAAAAUUAAGCAUUACUUCUACUUAUUUUGUCUACUUCCUUCAUUGCUGCCUGCACAAGGCCUAUUUCUGACAUGAAAUCUUGACCUCGAUCUGGGCUGUUUGUUAGCAGUUCUCAGGCCCUGCCGCAUAACAGAAGCAAAAAAUGUUUGAACUCCAUGCAAGUAUGCCACCGAUGCGAUCCGCUGAAUAUCAAGUGACAAUCCCGCUAAAAUUUCUCCUAAUUAUACAUAAUUAUACAAAUCAUUAGACAAUCAACCAAUCAAAAUCACUACCUGGUUUUCAGCUAGUAGUGACGUCACUGGACGGCAUUAAUAGCUGGUUGAUACAGACGUUGCUGAGAGGAGAAAACGACUCAAAGCAAUCGGAUGAAAUUCAGGCUAAUGAUUUUAGCCUUCUACGCAGGCAUUUAUGGGGGAGCUCAUAUUUCGUCCGUCCCCACAAAUACCUGCGUAAUCAAGAACAACAUUCCUUUCCCAAGCUUAGCCAAUCACCUUGUACCUUCCAAAUUCUGGAAGGUUCACGGUGAUUGCAGGGUAACCUGAUAAUUACUUGAUCAGUGUGAAACACUGGGAACGCUUUAUGACCUCUAAUAAAUGUUAGACUUACAGCAGCAAAAGUCAGAUUUAGUCAGAUUUUAGAAUACUCUGUGCACUGCAUAACCUUAGUGAAGGAAAGAAAAGAAGGAAGAAGGUAACUCUAGGGUCAUGAUUUUAUGCUGCCAUGAGUUUAUGAGUCGUGUUUAGCCUGUCAACACUUUAUUUUAAAACUGUUGAUUGGUCACUUACCGCGCGAAUCAAACAAAGGGAAAGGAAUGUUGUUCUCAGUUGAGCAGGCAUUUGUGGGGAGGGAUGAAAAUUAAUAUGAGCUCCCCUAAAAGUGCCUGCAUAGGAGCUGGAUGAUUUUUUAAAUUGCUUUAUUCAAACUAUUUCUCACUAUUUUUAUUCUACAAAGUCACAAAAGACCAUAGUUGGUUUGUUUACGCCCCGUUAGAAACCUCUGCAGCAAAUUUUGAUUUUUAGGGGGAACUGCCAGAUUAAUAAUUUUUGCUAAAGAGAUUACCACCUGAAAUGUUUAAUGUAACAAAAACUAAUUUUGCUCAAAACAUUUCCGGACAAGAUGGUCCAUUUCAAAAGGACAAAAAACAUAUGGAUGAUUUUUAAAUUGCUUUAUUCAAACUAUUUCUCACUAUUUUUAUUCUCAGCACAAAAGACCAUCUGAGGAAUUUUCUAGGGGGGGAACUCUUUUCACUAAAGUAUUUCUGGAAUGUUACAUGUAACUUAAAUCUUUAGCAAAACAGUAGAAGAUGGCCAACUCAAAAGGUCAAAACAUAUCAUAAUCGCUCAAACUUGACUACUUCUCUAUCUUGACCCAGAGCUCUUCUGUGCAAUGCGACGUCACAUCUUAACAACUACGAAAAUCUAUCAAUCAAAUACAUACAACAAAGUGAAUCUAUUUAACCGUAGAGUUCCAGUGAUUGCAACAAUAUUCUGAGAAACAUUAUGCCUCAAUACACCACAAAACUGGAUUUCCCCACUAUAAUAUUUUCUUAUUGAGGUAUUUUUUAAUUUGCGUGCAUAAUUACACGAAAAUCAAGGGCCUCGAAUCAGGGAAAAUUACAUCGUUGCACAAACUGCAUCCGCAUGCCUGACCACUUGGGGUAGACCAACGAAAAAAAAAACGGCUGCAUUUUUAGAGUCCCGCUCUGCUAAAGCAAGCUUGACCGAUUACCGUUAUUAAUAAACAAUCAAGAUAGGCAUUGUUACUUUAUUAAAACAUCAUUUAAACCUUUUGUGAUAAUUUUUUAUUUUUAUUGAUUUUUCAAAUUAAGGUUGAAGUAUUACAAAUGUACCAAUUUUGUUUGAAAAAACAAAAAGCUUUCUAAAGUGGAGAAUUAUCUAUCCAUAUCUUGGAUUGCAUCUUUGCUUUCAACCCUCCCCAUUGCUUAAAAAUUUUCUUAAAAAAAAAAGACAAGUGAAUGGACCCACAACCCUAAACUUUUGGAAGUCGUAUUCUUCUCUUCAGAUUUCUAGUCCAAAGAACCCCCUGCCUCCCCUCUCGCCCUCAGAAUUUCAAGUUGCCACCCAAGGUUGGCUGUGACCAUUAAACUGGUAAAAACUGUUAUUAUUGUGUUCAAUCUGUCUCACAGCACCGUCUUUUUUGCAUUGUUUCAUCAAAUUGUUUCUCUACCAACAAAUCUUAUGACAUCUUUUUCCAUGUCAGGUUAUAUUUGCACCAACUGCCGGAUCCAACUAUGGUUCUUUCUCAAUGAAUUUUCAUAGCAUUAGAAAUGUAGAGGUAAGAUUUUUCUUGUACGUCUACAUACAAAGAUAUUUUAUUUACGUUUUUAUUUAUUCUUUUCUCUGCAUUCUUUAUCUUUUACUACCCUCUGUUAAACAUUUUGUGAGUAAAAACAUAGCAAAAGAAGAAUUCAGACUGUACCUACCAAGGUAUUGAACUCAGAAGGUUUUGAUUCGUGUUUGUUUUUUAUCUCCACUAUCAAUCGAUAAAAUCAUAUCAAGAUGAGUUUCAAAUUCCAUGACUUUGGAGAAAUGAUGUGAUCAACAUGUCACAAGCAUGGGUCUUGUGUACUGUUCGGAUCAGCAAUGUCGAAAUCGCCAUGCUUGUGAUAUUAAUUGUGAUAAAUAAAUUUAUUUAUCCAUGACUUUUCUUUGAAUUAUUUCUGAGUCAGUAACAAAUGUACCUUAACCCUAUUUUGAUGAACUGAAAAUCCCCAAGUCAUGACUUCAUCCAUGUUGCUUAUUUACUAAUAUUGUAUGAUUUUUAGUCAUUAACCAGCUGCCAGUAAUUCAAAGCAAUUCUUUUUAAGUAAAGCUGUAAGCAGCCUCAUUCAAAUGGCAUCACAAGUGGAUUUAAGACAUAAUACAACCUUUUUUUCCAGGUCAAACAACCUAUGUUUGGUGCAAAUUAUGUCAAAGGGGAUGUAAUUUCUGAGCCAGAUGGUAUGUUUAGAAUAAUUUAAAGAAUAGUGCAUUCUUUUUUACAUUUUUCAAGGGCUAAAGAUGUAAUUAAUCAUCUGUAGUAACACCAAAGAAAAUUGUGAUUAUGCAGGUAAAAUUCUGAAAAUUUAGUGUGUAAGGUGUAAUUUUGUGAAAUUUGACAUUCACUUUCUCGGGCUCCCAUAAGAAAUUUUUUUGGUGUUACUACAGAUGAUUUAUUACAUCUUUAGUCUUCAAAAAAUGCAAGGAAGAAUGCAAUAUGCUUUAGAUAUUAAAUAUUAUUCUGGUACAAGAUUUUUGUCCACUGAAAAUCAAAGUUACUCAAUGUCCUUGUGGAUUCCAUCUUAAUUUGUUAUGAGUAGAGCUAUGAUUAGUUUGACAUUGAUUAUGAUUUCAUUGCUAUAUACAUGUAUGUGAUGUUUAGGGAAAAUAUGAUACUUUUUGGUGCCUCAAGCCCAAAUCUUCUCUCUAUCAGUGAUGAUCAUCUAGUGGGGAAACUUACUUACUUACUGGCAGGGAAUCAUCCCAAGCCAUUCUGACAAAAUCUUUCCAUUCAUCAAGCAUAGCAUCUUUCAAUAUUUUAUUUCUUAACUAUUGUCCAGUCCAGUGAAAAACAAUACAGUCAAGAAGAAAAGCAAAAUACAUAUAGUUAUGGCAAUCUUACAUGUUUUGCCUACCACAACAAAAACUUGACACACACCAAGUUUUAUAAAUAAAAAAGCAUAGUUUUUUCCACAGCUUUUAACUUUAUUAGUAAAAUGGUUUUGAAGUGUUUAAAAAUGCAAAUCAGGGUUAAGUAGGUGGUUUGGGUUGCCUAGUAUCUCCAGUUGCUGUAUUUUUUAUCUUAGCAGUGAAUACUUGUUUUAUCCCUCCAGGUGGCUGGCAAGGAAGAGGAUCAUUCAAAGUAACUUUUAACAGUGGUGGAGCCAUAGAAUUUGCUCAACACUUUAAACAUGCUGUAGCAAAUGGUAUGUGUAGUCCUGCACAGCUGUCAACUGUUGUAAGACGUACAAGCUUUUCUUGUCCUUGGAUCUCCACCUUUCUAUUCCAGUUUGAAUUUCCAUUGUUUGGAACCAGCAAUAAAUAAUUCAUUAAAAAGAACAAAUUAUUAUUAAUUAAUUAAUUAUUAAUUUAUUAUUAUUAUUACAAAAUUUUGUUCUUUUUAUUUUAUCUGAUUUUGAAAAAUUAAGUAAACUUAUGUAUGCUUGGUAUGCAUGUAGUUUUAACUUCUUUCGGUGUUAUUUUUUCUUGAUAAUCAAGAAAAAAUAACACCAAAAGAAGUUAAAACUACAUGCAUACCAAGCAUACAUAAGUUUACUUUGUUUUGUGUUGUUUUUUUCUUUUUAGCCCACAGGCCAGGUUCUCAGCCUCCUCCACCAGUACCAGGUCAACCUUUGCUGUCAAAUGGAAAUGCCUACACAUACCAUAAUGCAUAUCAACCCCAGCCAGCAGGAUAUUAUGCUGCUUACCCACCCCCACCCCCUGCAGGCUAUCCUGGCUAUCCUGGCUAUCCUGGCUAUCCACCCCCAGGUAGUGCAUGCCUUCAUUUAAUGUUACAUGAACAUAAAAAUUAGGAGAUUUCAUGUUGUGGUGGUUGUGGUUCAGUUUUAUCCUUGGUUCAAAUUUUAUUUUCCUUUGUUUCAAACUCAUUAUCAUAUAUUACUAUACCCAAAAACAAAGGAAAAUAAAAUUUAAAACAAAGAGAAAAUUGAACCACAACAUAGUCAUGCAGUGACAGCAAAGAAGUGUGAUCCACAUUUAUUGUUGUUGUUUUGGUACUUAAACCUGUUGCUAUUUUGACCUUAGUUUCAUUGCUAUCACCAUUCCCUAGCUACCUAGAAUGUUGGUUGUAUGAGGAAACGAACCCGGAAAUAUAAAAUUAAAUUAUCAUUAUUUUGUCAUUGUUUGUUGCAGUUGGUGUCGUGGGCCAGCCUCCACCAUACCAGCCAAAUGUAAGUUUUAAAAUAACAAAUAAUUUCAAGCAAUCCAUUGCACAGUUAAAAAUUGGCAUUUGAUAACUUUAAUUCUGUUUUUAAAAAAAACUACCAGCAGAAAGCCCUAGGAUAUCAAAUCCCAUGGAUAACAAUUUUUCGUUUCCUUGCCCAGAGAUCGUGGGAAACUAUCUGUACAAUUUUUCAGUUCUGUGAAAAUUCAUGGGAACCCACUUUUAUUUCUUUAAAUGUUCAGAAACAUUUUUCUUGAAACAUGUUGUUAAACAUGCUUUAAAAUUAAAGAACAUCAGUGUGCACUUUUAUUUACAAAAAAGCUUCAAUGUCUAUUAAAAUGUCAGAAGAAUGUUAAUUUAAGUGUUAAAUGUGUGUGCACUAAAGUGUCAAAAACUCCAGACUCCUCUUCGAUCCAAGUAAAGAAGUAUACUCAUUUGAAAUGUUCACUACAGAUCUUGUCUUUUCAUAAAGAGAUUCAGGCCUCAUAAUCAGUUUGAACACUGUUCAAAAUUGUCACUAAAAGACUACAUCCUAAUUAUUGUUUUAAACUUCUGGAGUCAUACAUUGUUUUUCUUGGUGCUGGAAGCCGUAACAAUCGCGCUGCUGUUAACUGUAAAACAUCUUUUUUGCAUGAGUCAUCAGUAACAGCUGUGCAAUGCACUUUGGGAACAAUUCAAGAUGGUGGACGAUUGAAAAAUGCAAUUUUUUUUUACAAGCUGAGUCAUAAAGAAUAAUGCUCUACUUGUUAAAAAUCUGAGUGGAAAAAUACUAUAUUUGUGUAUUUUGAUCCCGCAGUCUGAAUAUAUCAGGAUAUGUCACUGGGAAACUAUUUUUCGUUUCCGUUAUUUUUUAAGAUCACUGUAAUGACACGGUACCGGAAACAAUCGUUACCUUGAAAUCCUAGGGCUUGAGCAGGUAAGGGUAAACAUUGAAGAAUCUGUCAAAAUUUGGACAUUUUAGAAUGAAUAUUUGUUGUUUCUUGCUGUUUAACAGGAAACGCCCCCACCAUACCCUGGUCAAGCUGCUCCAUCUGCCCCACCCCCUUCUGAGGGAUACUCAAGCUAUGCUUAUGGAGGUAAGUUUGUGGCAACAACAACAAAAACAAUAGCAAUCUCUAUUUGUGAUCUCGGAUUUCAGAUACCGGAAUGUAAGAAAAAACAAAAGUUAAUUUAAGGUGCACCUUUUUCUUGACUUGAUUUUUCAAGGGCAGUAACUCAUAAGCUUAAAGUCAAUCCAAAUCACUUCGGGAGUUACUUCUGCCAUAAAACCAAAUCAAAUUCUAUACCAGCUAAUGUUCCGUACAGAGGGCGACUGAGCUCCUUUGGAGUGGAGAUGGAGAAGCCUUCAACAAGUAUUUCUAUUCUACGUUUACGCAUGCGCCUGAGGUACCCCUUUGUGCAUUUAUACCACCUGACAAGGGGAUGGCUGUCCUUGACAGCCUGGUGCUGUGCGACCUCGGAGUGGUUAGCAUGUACAAAUGUGUUUGCUAUGUUUGUACUUAGGUUUUAGGUUGUAUUUGUUUUAAAUUUAUUAAUUGGUUUUCAUUGUACUCACCGGACGUCUAAACACGUGUUUGUAAGUUUGUUAUCAUUUGCUGUAUUUCGUCAUUUUUAAGUGUUAGUGAAAGUUCUUCAUUUUAUUUCUGUCAUUUUGUAUUUCAUUCAGAAACCAUGUUUAUCGUGAAGUUGGUUAUCAUACAUGAGUUUGACAUGUAACAGUAGUUCCAGAUGAAAGGUUGUGGUUUUUUGCGUCUACAACCAGUGCUCUCGUAGUGGUGUAAUGACAUCCAUAUUUUUCUUUGACAAUGUUGUGUGUUGUGUCUCCCUUUAUAUAGAUGCAAAGGCAAGAGAAGCUUAUAGCACAGGGCAAAAUGUCUAUGUACCAUCCCCCCAGGUAUGAUUAAGUUUUGACAGAUGAUGCCCUUUCCUGGGGCUUUCCACAAGUUGCUCGGCAACUCUUCUGCAACUUUUCGUAUUUCGAGCAACCUUUUUUUGCAUUCUGAGCAAUUUCCUCUAGUUUUCUACCAAUUCUGAAUAUCUGUUUUAGUAAGCAAUUGACAAAUUUUCUUUGAAAAAAGAGCAUCAUCCUCUCCCCACCCCCCACUCAGCCAGAUCACGGGCCCAAGAUGCACACAGCCAGGCUGCUAAGUCAGCAGGUUUUUUUGUAAGAAAAUUUCAAAUGGCCGACAAAUUUUCACUUUGUUGUAUGUAUUUGAUUGACUCACAACUAACUUUCAUUUUAGCCAGUAUUAUUGAAAUUGAUAAAAUUAUAAUUAGUUGACCAACAUUCUUUCUCAUAGAAUAGUAUACAUAACUUGUUAAGUACUAUACAUGAUCAUGAUUUUUUCUUCCAAAACAUAUUCUUUCAUCCCUGCAUACUUUUUUCAUAAUGUGAGCCAUGUUCUUAGGAUAUUCUAAAGUAUUUUUGUCAUUCCUGGCAUGAGAAUUCUUAUCAAACUUUCUUAUAGAAAAUACUGUAGUUUAGUAAACAGUUAUUAUUUGACUUAUGGAAAUUUAUUUUUUUGUUGGUUAUUUCCACAGCCUCCUCCACCGUAUGCACCACCGCCAUACAGUGCCUCUGACAAGAAGAAUGUUUAAUUGAGGAAAACUCACAAUACAAAAUACAUGACUAAUAAAAUAAAAUAUUAUAAUAGGAUACAUUAAUCUUUAACCUGUUAGAGUAUCUCCUGUGUGGCUGGAACUUUGUAAAUAAUUGAGUUGAGAUCCUUAGCACCUGAGUGCUGUUUACAUUGUGGUAUGAACUGUGUAACUUAGAGAACUUGAAGCUAUUUCAGGGUAAUAAACAAGCUAAAUACCACAAAACAGUGUUCAGUAGAUUGUUUACAAACACUGAAACUGAAUUUGGUUGUCUAUGCCUAGCUUGUUUUAUUGUGAUAUUUCUUGCCAGCCCUCUGAUAUUUAUAAUGUAUGUUUGACAAUUCUCUUAGUGGCAUUUAUCAAUGUUAAGUCAAAGUUGCAUUUUCAAAGUCAGUUUUACAAGAUAAAUUAGACUUUUAAUGCAAAUAUAUACGUGAUCUAAGGAAAGGCAGAUGUCACAGGUGAAGUGUAAAUGGAGUAAAUGAAUUUCUCUGACUUUUUACUGACAAAAUGACAACUGCAGUUCAUGUCAGCAUGCGUGACGUUUGUGAAAAAUUUGAAGGACGAAAUUAUGUUCAUUUUGUAGAAGACAGCAGUGAUUUUGUUGCAAAUAGUUAUGGUGGGCUCAUCUUAUGAAAAAUCAUGAGUCCCAGUCCAUAAUCAAUGAGUCCAGUUCAAAAACAUGAGGAGUCCUAAAUAUUGAAAAUGCUUGGGCCUUUAUGUAACCAAACAGUUAAUCGGGAGACAGAUUACAAAACUCUUUAUUACAGUUUACUGAAAUUAAAUAUAGUCUUUCUAUAUAUUUAAAGCACAAAAAAGACUGAAAUAAAUGUGCAUCUUUAAACAGCAGCCAAAGAAAUCACAUGAACAGGAUAUUCUACCAAAAAUCUUCAAAUCAAUCAUUCUUUGCAUCCUAUGGGACGCAUCUCAUGAAUAUUACUGCGUCUUUGUGGAUUUUUAUGCAUCAAUGA